AUGAGUCAUACUAGAGAUGCAGCUGACCAAAACUUCGAUUACAUGUUCAAACUGCUUAUUAUCGGCAAUUCGUCUGUUGGAAAAACGUCGUUCCUUUUUCGGUACGCUGACGAUAGCUUCACAUCGGCUUUCGUUUCGACUGUCGGGAUUGACUUCAAAGUAAAGACAGUAUUCAGACAAGACAAAAGGGUGAAACUGCAAAUAUGGGACACAGCUGGUCAGGAACGUUACCGUACCAUAACAACAGCUUAUUACCGUGGUGCAAUGGGUUUCAUAUUAAUGUAUGAUAUUACCAACGAAGAAUCUUUCAAUGCUGUUCAGGAUUGGGUAACUCAAAUUAAAACGUAUUCAUGGGAUAAUGCGCAAGUGGUUCUUGUUGGUAAUAAAUGUGAUCUCGUAGAUGACAGAGUUGUAUCUGUCGAUCGAGGCAGACAUUUAGCUCAUCAAUUGGUCAUUUGGGGGCUUAGCACAUCGUUUAUCAAUAUCGGAUUUUGGACACUGCCCGUCAAAACAGUUUCUGGCGAAGUUAUUUUUGUCAAACUUACGCAAUGUUAUCAGAUCAGCUUAAAUCUAUUUUUCAGCAGCAGCAAAAAAGGAAUUUCAAACAUCGCAAUUGAAAAUGAUCAAACUUACUGCACAAAAAUGAUUAAUUCAAGAAAAUUCGGUAGAAGUUUUUAAAUUAAAAGCCUUAACUACCGUAUCACUGACCAAAUCAAUGAGGGAGUUUUGUUUUGAUAUCUCCGGUCACAAUCAGGAUGCUGCAAUUUCCCGUGAAUACGGUUGUUAUUUCGUAUCCAUACAACUUCUGUAUGUAGGAGACGCGUUUGAAACCCACUAGUAAAAGUUAAUGUUUUAUGAUUAAUAACUGAAUAAUUUGGUUCUUUCUGCAAAAUGACCGCUAUCAACCUGGUGAAGUAGAAGAGAGCUUCAUAAUUUCUGUUUUCCUAGUUUGAAUACGCUUGGGAAUUCGUUCCUCGUCUCCUUUUCCAUAUGUUCAAACUUUUCUACUUCCAUCGAUAGUUUUAUUACAUCUACACUGUUAUUUAUUUUGAUAAAUUCUUCUCUUUGUUUUGCGACGACUUGACAUAUAUAUCUGUAAUAAGCUCUACGUUACUUCUGAUUAUCUGACAUUGUUUACUACCACACCAUUUAAUUGGCUUUUCUUCAUCUCCAAACAUUUACUUUGUAAACUACACUCUUGCAUAUUGCUAUCAUAAACUUUAUUUUUUUUUGUACUCAAUAAAAUUAGGUAAUCGAUUGACCGAUAAACC